ACAAUGUGUAGGCCACCUGCUGGACGAGGGUUUGCGCCGUCACGUAGGACUGGCUAUCAAUCGAGGACAAGGACACAUCUUGCCCGAAGGGGAGGCUAGAGGACUUGUGCGCGUACAAGGUGGACGGCUUGUCAAUAUCCAUAUGAUCAGAAGCCAUCACGGGCAAACUCGGCCUGCACAGAAUCUGUCUUUGCAAGAGGCAGGACGGAGAAUGCAAGAACGAUUCGACACAAGCACAGCGAUAGGGGUGUACGAAAAGAAUGAAAAAGAAACGACAGCAACCAGACGGUUCCUAUCGCCUGGUUUCACAGAGGCUGUAAUCAGGAUGGGAAAGAAAAAUCUACGCGGAAAGGAACAAUCGUCUGGGAAGGAGUGUCCCCCUUCUGAAGAAAAAGUUUAGCGGCCUCGGCGGCGACGGCACAGGCGAGACGGAUGCCGAAGGCAUGCUGAACAGCAGUAAAAGGCUCGGUUGGGACAUCCUCUGAUGCCGCUAACUGGGUGCAAGACAAGCCCGCCAUGAUUGCGACAGGCAAUGCGUGCAAAAAGUCGGCUCCAUCGUGGUCUAGCUUCGAGCACGCAAUUCAUUGCACCAUCUCGCCCCAACGGGAAACAAGGGAAGGGUCCGGGCGGCGCGCGGGCUGUCCGUAUCGAGCGCCCGGGGUGCGUUUAAUGCGCGGACUUAAUUCGGCCGCCAAUGGCCCGCCAGAGGUCGUCAGGCACUUCGUCGUGCGCAACACGGCCAAUAUCAUCCUACGUGUUAGCAUAUAUGCCAAAUGCUCCCUUCUGCUGCGUCAAUAUGCCUGCGCAAUGUUUCUUCACAUCCCUUUGGUGUGACUGAUCAAAACAAAGGAAAAGGUGAUGAUCACUCCCUUCACCUGGUUCCCCUCCUCUUCGCUCCGCGUAUCCCGGAUGCACGCGUGUACAUCCAUGCGGUUUGAAUUAACUUACAUUCCACAUCCUCGUUUCCAAUGCAGAGGGCGGGUAUGCGAUUCUAGCUCCCGUCAAGGCGCCGUACAGGACUAUCAUCAAGCUGGCGUGCAGACUCAUCACGUCGUUCAAGGACGAACGAGGAACAAACUAGGCUGUUCUCAUUCCGUGCUACGCACAUUGCGAGACAAAGGCUUGAGGUUCAUUUUGUACGGUAAACGGAACGAAUUGCUGCGAAAACCCGCAGCCUUUAACUUCUGGUCACGAAAUGGAACACCAGGACGCUGCUAGGGGAGAUCGAGAUGUGGCCCUUGUGUUUUUUGGUUCAAACGGCGUGCAUGAUGAUAAGAUGUGGUCGCGAGGAGUCAAACCGAUAUUUCGCAUGAAGGCAGCCUCCAAUUGAAGCUCUUGGUGCGAUAUUUUGGAGCCAAACGAUCACCACGUGGGGCUUGUGGCGCCCACUUCGCCCCUUUGCGUUAUCGCUUUCUGGCCCUCCUGCUUCCUUGUUCCAUUGAACAUCAUUGAGUCUUUCGUGCAAGCAAAUUGUUGUUCAUUGUUGUUCGGUACGGAAGACGUUCCGCCUUUUGUCUCAAGUUCGAACCGCCUUUCCUCCCGUUACCCGUCGUUCUGAUCCACCAAUCCCCGCUUGGCGUCACCGCUUCCCUGACCCUGGACAGACAGAAUAACCUGUAGCCAUGCCAGCCGACGAGCGCACUCCUCUGCUUGACGACCAUGCUCGCAACUUCUGGGCUUUCGGUCAAGACCGCCCUGAUGACUACCACGCCCAAUUUUGCAAGCUUGUUGGAAUACCGCCGUCCGAUCUGCCGCCGGACGCUCCCGUCCCUUCCAUCGGACCGAAAACGCUCUACGGCCGUGCUCUGAAGCUGAAGCGCGACCAGAGCAGGACAUAUGCUAUUACGGCCGCCAUCUCCAACACCCUUCUCCUUGCCCAGGUCGUUCUCGGCGCCGCCGUGACUGCCCUGGGUGCUUCAGAAUCGUCGCACGUCCUGAUCACGCUCUUCGGCGCCGCAAACACCAUCAUUGCCGGUGUUGUCGCGUACCUGAAGUCACGUGGACAGCCUAUGCGGGCCCGCAUGUAUCGCGACGACCUCGAACGCGUCGUCGAUGAGAUCGAAAACUCAGAGAUCAUGUGGCUGGGCAUCAGCAAACACAUGCAUGGCUAUUCAGAGAUUGACACCGACGACGAGGUCACCGUCCGCAGCGAGAUCGCUCGCCUGACAAGGCUGUACGACCGCGCCGUCCGCACCAACAGCAUGAACAAUCCCGACAUGUACAUGGCCGGUCAGAGCCUGGACAACACGAAUUUUGCGCUACGCAAAGGGCCCCUCCCGUCUGGCCCUGUGCUUCCCGCCAUCGUGCCUCCAGUCCCCACGACGGGCGCGGGACCAUCGGCCCCAGCACCGAGCGCUCCGGUCGCGCCGCUGCCCAUCAUUCCUGAUCCGGACGAGAGUCCUGCCUCUGCGCCGCCAAAGCCCAAGGACGAUCCCGCGAAGGACAAAUCCAAGGACGAAGCAAAGACUGCUGACUCUGUUACGUCAAAGUCGAACGGCAAGGCCUCGGCUGAAGCAAAGAUGGCUGAUGAAGAGAACGUUUUGGUGUCUGACAAGGAACCUAACACAGGCCCUGAAGAAAACAACAAGUCGCAGUCAUGAAACAGGAAAGGAUGACCGUAUUGUUCUUCGAAUGUCGUGGGAGAAGCGGGAGGACAGGCUGUUGUUUGUGGGAAGCAUUACUUGGCUGAGCGUUUUUCAUUCUUGCUAUCCUCUGCGAAAGCUAUAUACCCUUUGACGUUUUCUCUCCUUCAUUCCAAAGUCGCGUAAUACGAAAGCAACAGCUAUUUUUUCCACCUCCGAUUCGUGUUUUACAUUUGGAUUUCAAAGUCAUGCUGUGUGUGAGCAUGAUACGCUGGUCCGCCGCACGAUACGUCGGCAACCUCAAG